AUGGGCGGGAGCAUAGGUAAAAACAUUGCCAGUGUGCAUGGUGUUUCUGAACCCAGUGAGGUUCUUACUGCUAGGUGCUCCCGGGGUCAUUCUUGCUGCUUCACCAACACCUCUUCUCUCCCUGCUUCCCUCCAUCCCCACCCAACCACCACCCCACCCCCUCUUCCCCCUCCCCCCUCUCCCUCCCACCAUUCCCCUUCACAGCAACCUACAGAAGCUGAAUCUGGGAGGGGCAGUGCCGGCAGCAUGGGCGGGCAUGGUGUCUCUCAAGCCACUGAAGCCGCUGCUUGCCUUAUUCUCCUUUCCUCCCCCUCCUUUCCUCUUCCCUCGCCUCGUUACAGCAAUCUGCAGAAGCUGAACCUGGGAGGGGCGGUGCCGGCAGCAUGGGCGGGCAUGGUGUCUCUCAAGCAUUUCGUCGCAAACGCUGCUCGCAUGCGAGGUCGUUUUCCCUCUGUGCUGCUCAAGCUGCCACGCAUUGCAGACAUCGUUCUCUACAACAACUUCCUGUGGGGGGCACUACCCCCUGCUGCCCAGCUCUUCACGCUUUUCCCCCACCUUCCCUCCCCCCACCUCCCCCCCAUCUCUCCCCCCUCAUCUUCUCCCCUCAUCCCCCCCAUCAGCAUUCUCUCCAGCAACCUCCUCAUUCUCUCCAACAACUUCCUGUGGGGGCCACUUCCGCCUGCUGCCCAGCUCUUCACGCUUUCCCCCCUAUCUUCCCUUUCCCCGUCUCCCCCCUCAUCUUCUCCCCUCCUCCCCUCACCAGCAUUCUCUACAACAACCUCCUCUCUUCACGCUUUCCCCCCUAUCUUCCCUUUCCCCGUCUCCCCCCUCAUCUUCUCCCCUCCUCCCCUCACCAGCAUUCUCUACAACAACCUCCUGUGGGGAUCACUACCGCCUGAUUCCCAGCUCUUCAUGCUUUGCCCCCUAUCUUCCCUUUCCCCGUCUCCCCCCUCAUCUUCUCCCCUCAUCCCCCUCACCAGCAUUCUCUACAACAACUUCCUGUGGGGCCCACUACCCCCUGCUGCCCAGCUCUUUGCUCCCAAGGCACUCACGCACCUGACUGGACCCCACACUGCCCCCCCUGCUGCCCAGCUCUUUGCUCCCAAGGCGCUCACGCACCUCGACGUGAGUGGAAAUUACCUCAGUGGCGCCGUGCCAAAGGUGCCUGGUAACCGCCAGAUUGACUUCAAGUAA